AUGAUAUCAACGAGGAAAUCUGUCUCUGAGGAAGAGAUAUCCUGUCCUCAGUGCUCCAACAUUUAUACUUACCCUGUUCUUUUACCAUGUGGACACAACGUUUGCAAACUUUGCCUGCACAACUUCUGGGAGUGGAAAAAGUGUCAAGAAUGUCCCGUGUGCGGCAUUAAGUCUUCCUCUGGGAUCCCUCCUGUCAACCAGGACCUGAAGUUAGUCGUGGAUCAGUUUCAAAACAAAAAGGCUAUGGCUCAGGAGAUUUGUGCGCUUCAUAAGGAGAAGCUGAAGGUUUUUUGCGACAAUGAUGAGGUUCCCAUCUGUCUCGUCUGCCAAAUAUCAAGGGACCAUAAAAUGCACAAGUGCUGCCCAGUGGAUGAAGCAGCUCAACAGAAAAAGACAGAAAUUUCUAACAUCCUUGGUUCCUUAAGAAAGAAAGUAAGAACAAUGAGUAAAACAAAACACCAAUGGGAGGAGAUCAAGACUUAUAUAAAGACUCAAAGUAAUGAAAUCGAGAUGGCGAUAAAGGGGGAAUUUCUGCAGCUUCACCAGUUCCUCAAAGAUGAAGAAGACAUGAGACUGAGAAUGCUCAAACAGGAAGAGCAAAUAAAAAUACAGGUCAUGUGUAACAAGAUUGAAGACAUACAAAAGGAGAUCCAGGCUCUCAACUCCACCAUCAGCAAAGUGGAUAUUGUCCUCAGAGCAAAGGAUUUACCAUUCCUACAGGAAUACAAGCGAACAAAGCAAAGCGUUAAACGCAACAUCCAGGAACCUGAGACCAUGAGAGAAAUUUUGAUUUCUUCUGCCAAGCAUCUGGGAAUACUCAAGUUUACAGUUUGCCAGAAGAUGUUGAAAAAUGUCAAAUAUGCUUCAGUCGUUCUGGACCCGAACACGGCCCAUUCCAAUCUGAAGUUGUCCCAGGAGCUGACCAGCGUGCAGUACAGCAACAAGCUGCUUCUACCCAACAACCCCGAGCGCUGCACCAGCCGCAUGUGUGUGCUGGGCGCCACUGGCUUUACGUCCGGGAAGCACAGCUGGACCGUGGAGGUGGGCCACGGCAAAGACUGGUUCGUAGGGGUAGCGCGUGAGAGCAUCAAAAGGAAAAGCACCACCUUCCUGAGCCCCGAAGAAGGUUACUGGGUGAUCGGCCAGUGCAGCAAAGAUUCCCUCUGGGCUCAGACCUCGCCUCGCACCAGGGUGUCGGUGAAGCAGAUGCCGGAGAGGCUUACCGUGCAGCUGGACUGCGACAAAGGAAGGGUGGUUUUCACCAAUGCUGCCGACUCAGCCGUGAUAUACACAUUCAAAGACAAAUUCACAGAGAAAAUCUUCCCAUACUUCUCUGUUGGAUUGUGUGAGGACUGGAGAAACUCGAGCCCACUCACAGUCUGCGCUCAGACAAUGAAAGUGGUUCUAGAGAAGGCCUAGGAAGUGCCUCUAAGUGAAGUGGGAUUGCAUGGCGUUGGGUCUUUAAGUGACAGAAGUAAGCUAAAUGUAAUUCUUUUGACAGAAAAUUAAAACUAAGCAACAUUCUGCAUCAAAUGAGGGACAUUGGAGUAUUUUAGUUGAAUAUUUUAGCUGUUUUAUUUAGUCAGAACAAAGUCUUCACAUUCAAUAAACUAAAAAAAGGACAUUUUA